AUGGCUGUUGAGAAAGCUAAACCUGUGCAAGUGCCUUUACCUACUGGAACAACAAGUUUGAAUCCACCUGUGGAUGGGAGCAAGAGAAGAAGAGGAGGACCAUUGGAAAGGGUGUUUAACAAUACGGCUAGAGAUCACUUGACUUGUGAAAUUGCUAGAAUGUUUUAUUCAGCCGGUUUGUCAUUCAAUAUUGCUCGUAAUCCAUAUUUUGUUAGUUCCUACACAUUUGCUGCUAACACUCAAAUCUUAGGUUUUCUUCCACCGGGUUACAAUGCUAUAAGAACUUCACUCUUGCAAAAGGAAAAUGCCAACAUAGUAAAGUUACUCCAACCUAUCAAAGACACUUGGCCAAAAAAAAGUCUGAGCAUAAUUAGUGAUGGUUGGACUGAUGCACAAAGAAGACCACUAAUUAACUUCAUGGCGGCAUGUGAUUCAGGUCCUAUGUUUUUUAAAGCAAUUGAUGGAUUUGGUGAAUAUAAGGACAAGAAUUAUAUAACAAACCUCAUUCUAUCUACCAUUGAUGAAGUUGGAGCACAAAAUGUUGUCCAAAUAAUCACAGAUAAUGCACCUGUUUGCAAAGCUGUUGGAUCUAUUGUGGAAUCUGUGCAUCCUCAUAUUUUUUGGACACCUUGUGUUGUGCACACAGUAAAUCUUACACUCAAAGGUAUUUGUUCUCCGAAAAAUACACCAGCUAAUGAGGUUGCUUAUAAUGAGUGUAGUUGGAUCUCUCAACUUCCUGAUGAUGCAUACUUCAUAAGAAAUUUCAUUAUGAAUCAUUCUAUGAGACUUGCCAUGUUAAAUCAAUUUAAUAAUUUAAAAUUAUUUUCCAUUGCUGAGACUCGAUUUGCAUCAACUAUUAUAAUGCUUAAAAGGUUGAGAACCCUUAAGCAUGGUCUUCAAACUAUGGUGAUUAGUGAGCAAUGGUCUCAUUAUAAAGAAGAUGAUGUCCCAAGAGUUACCCUUAUGAAAGAAACAAUUCCAGAUGACAGUUUUUGGGAUAAGAUUGCUUAUAUCUUAAGCUUCACGAACCCUAUGUAUGAGAUGCUUCAUUCUUGUGACACCGAUGAACCAACUCUUCAUUUGGUUUAUGAAAAAUGGGAUGCCAUGAUUAAGCAAGUGAAAUAUGCAAUAUAUCAACACGAGGGCAAGGAGUUAAAUGAACAUUCAUCCUUUUAUGAAGUGAUGUAUAACAUUUUGAUUGAUAGGUGGACUAAAAGUAACACACCACUUCAUUGCUUGGCUCAUUCACUAAAUCUUAGGCAAUGGCUUAAUGAAGCACCAAAUCGAGUACCUCCACACAAGGACAAUGAGAUUUGUAUAGGGAGAAACAAAUGUUUAAGAAGCUACUUUUUGUAUCCAAGGAAAAGAUUAGACGCAACACAGGAGUUUGUUAAAUUCUCAAGUGGUGGAGAAGAGAUUGGAAAAUUUGAUUGUUUACAAGAUAGGUGGAACUUGAAGCCAAAAGAAUGGUGGGUCAUGUAUGGUGCUGCACUUCCUAAACUUCAAACCAUUGCUUUAAAGGUCCUUUCACAACCAUCAUCUUCUUCUUGUUGUGAGUGA